GCUGCGGGUGGUUGUGACGGCGGCGUCCAAGAUGUCGACGAAGAAUUUCCGAGUCAGUGACGGUGACUGGAUUUGCCCUGACAAAAAAUGUGGAAAUGUAAACUUUGCCAGAAGAACCAGCUGUAAUAGAUGUGGUCGGGAGAAAACAACUGAGGCUAAGAUGAUGAAAGCUGGGGGUACUGAAAUAGGGAAGACACUUGCAGAAAAGAGCCGAGGCCUUUUUAGUGCUAAUGACUGGCAGUGCAAAACAUGCAGUAAUGUGAAUUGGGCCAGAAGAUCAGAGUGUAACAUGUGUAAUACUCCAAAGUAUGCUAAGUUAGAAGAAAGAACAGGCUAUGGUGGUGGUUUUAAUGAAAGAGAAAAUGUUGAAUAUAUAGAAAGAGAAGAAUCUGAUGGUGAAUAUGAUGAGUUUGGAUGUAAAAAGAAAAAAUACAGAGGGAAGGCAGUUGGUCCUGCAUCUAUUUUAAAGGAAGCUGAAGAUAAAGAAUCUGAGGGAGAAGAAGAGGAUGAGGAUGAAGAUCUUUCUAAAUAUAAGUUAGAUGAGGAUGAGGAUGAAGAUGAUGCUGAUCUCUCAAAAUAUAAUCUUGAUGCCAGUGAAGAAGAAGAUAGUAAUAAAAAGAAAUCUAAUAGACGAAGUCGCUCAAAGUCUCGAUCUUCACAUUCACGAUCUUCAUCACGCUCAUCCUCCCCCUCAAGUUCAAGGUCUAGGUCCAGGUCCCGUUCAAGAAGUUCUUCCAGUUCGCAGUCAAGAUCUCGUUCCAGUUCCAGAGAACAUUCGAGAUCUCGUGGGUCGAAAUCAAGAUCCAGCUCCAGGUCCCACAGGGGCUCUUCUUCCCCACGAAAAAGAUCUUAUUCAAGUUCAUCAUCAUCUCCUGAGAGGAACAGAAAGAGAAGUCGUUCUAGAUCUUCUUCAUCUGGUGAUCGCAAAAAAAGACGAACAAGAUCAUGGUCACCCGAAAGGCACCACAGGUCAUCUUCUGGAUCAUCCCAUUCUGGUUCCCGUUCAAGUUCAAAAAAGAAAUAAUGUAUUAAAAUUUACAUCUUAAAAAAAAUCAGUACAGUGCAUGAAGCAUAUUUUUUAAGAAGUUGGUGUCUUACUUGGUCAGAAGUGCUAAAUCUGCUAGUAGAGGUGCAUGCCUUUCAUUGCUUCUCAGAACAAUACAGCUGUGUUUAUUUGUGAAAUUAGAAGUAAAUAGUAUUUUAAGCCAUAAUGUCCCAAAAUAUAUGCUCUAUCAUUCAUUAUUUACAGCCAUUUGCUUCACUUAAAACCAUUUCAGCUAUGACAAAGUACUUUGUUUCCAAAUUUGAACUCUUGUUUUUUUUCAUUUCCGAAUAUGAACUGUCUAUUGACUGAAGACAGGAUAACCUAGGCUUGCCUGAACUUUGGGCAUGGAGGCAAGACUGUGGUAAAGUAGUCGGAAACAAUCUGUUUAUGUUAUUCUGGGAAAAGGAGUCCACCUGUUUAUGUUAAUCUGUGUCAAAGUGAUUCUUAAUCAGAAAAGGUAAAACUAGUUGAAAAAGCCAACUGGAAACUUUUAUUUUGAAAUUCCCUAUGCUGAGGGUGCCUUAGAAUCUUUGUCUCUCUCUCUUACUCAGUUUUGCUUUCUGUACCACCACGUUUAAUGAAGAAAAAUCUUGUGAAUUGCAGAAGGAAAGAGGUGUUACUCAUUUCUCCU